CAAAUACCGGGCUUGUGGUUAGAGGAUAGCCGAUCGCAAAUCGUGUCGCGUUAUAUAGCAGUACCGGGCAGAAGUUCUGAUAAAUCACCCCGUAAGCCCCCCGUGCCUCUCAUCUCAUGGAUCCGGGCAAGCCGCGGACACUGGCAGAGAAGAGACCCGUGAACUGCAAUGGCUUCAUCCCCGAGGAGAAGAAAGAGCCCGGAACUGCCCUGAGCCGGGUGGACAAGGGCCGGUCUGGGAUCAGCACUCCGCCGGUGGACAGCUGGAAGGAGGAGAGGACCCGCAGCGAGGAAGACAACGAGCUGAACCUGCCCUCCCUGGCAGCCGCAUACAGCACCAUCCUCCGGGCGCUCGGAGAAGACCCCGGGAGGCAGGGACUGCUAAAAACCCCCUGGAGGGCAGCGACUGCGAUGCAGUUCUUUACAAAGGGCUAUCAGGAGACAAUAUCGGAUGUGCUGAACGACGCCAUCUUUGAUGAAGACCAUGACGAGAUGGUGAUUGUGAAAGACAUAGACAUGUUCUCCAUGUGUGAACAUCAUUUAGUUCCCUUCAUUGGAAAGGUGCACAUCGGUUAUCUCCCCAACAAACAGGUUCUCGGCCUCAGCAAGCUUGCGCGGAUUGUAGAAAUCUACAGCAGAAGAUUGCAAGUUCAAGAACGCCUUACGAAACAAAUCGCCAUAGCCAUCACGGAAGCCCUGAAGCCAUCUGGUGUCGGAGUGGUCAUUGAAGCCACGCACAUGUGUAUGGUAAUGCGAGGAGUACAGAAAAUGAACAGCAAAACCGUAACAAGCACCAUGUUAGGUGUGUUCCGGGAAGACCCCAAGACCCGAGAAGAGUUUUUAACCCUCAUCAGGCACUGACACUGGUGCCAGGCGUCCCAUGUUUGCCGAUGAGAUUGUGCUGCUCACUGGAUCGACCCAAACGUGUUUACAGCUGGUUGCAACCCGUCUAGCUUCAAGUGUCUGUUGUGUCAAUAUUUGUAAGAAUUGUGUGUUUUAAUAAAAUAGCUUAUUUGUUAUAUUUCUAAAGGAGGGUUUAGGGCUCAGAGAAAAGGAGGCUUCGGUGUUCAUAGUCCUUUGGAUGUGAAGGAUUGUUAAGAGAGAGUUUAAAGCUUAGAUGUUUUAUUGUUUAAAGUAUUAAUUGCAGCCCACGUGUGUUAUGUGUUUGUCAGUGAAAUGUGUCGUCUGUAUCUGGACUGGAAGAAACCACAACGACUCAAAUGCUGCACGUGUUCGUAGGUAACAUAUUUGUCUUAAUGCCGUGGUAAAUUGCGUGUCAUUCAAAUGUUGUGUCUCUGAUUUGUGGCUCUUAAUUCAAAAA